CUGUAUACUUAAUCUUCUUGAUUGAUAUUUUUAGGAAAAAACAAAGUUAUUCAUUGACCGUAAAAGAAAAACAGCAGCAAGAAAAGUCUUAUCACCUCAUAAAAAGUUGCCCGUAUCCCCCGAUCAUUUGGCUGAGAACUGCCACCAACUCCGCCAUGGGCCUGGCCGGGAUACCCACCGACAAUGAACCCGACUGUGAGUCCUCUCUCCUAUUAUCCACCACGACAUCACCAAAUCAUACGCUCUCUAAAAAUGUCCCAAAAGACACAUUCAACUUCGCUUACAUAAUCUACUUCACUCUCGGCGUUGGCUUUCUCCUCCCAUGGAACGCUUACAUAACCGCCGUCGAUUAUUUCUCCGCCAUCUACCCUGGCGUCUCUGUUGACCGCAUCUUCGCCGUUGCUUAUAUGUUAGUGGGUCUCUGCUGUCUUUUAGUUGUCAUCUUUUAUUCCCGUGUCUCUGAUGCUUACAUUAGAAUAAAUGUUGGUCUGCUAUUCUUUGUUGUGGCUCUUUUGGUCGUUCCAGUAAUGGAUGCGGUUUACAUUAAGGGUCGGGUCGGCUUGUAUGCUGGGUUUGAUGUUUCAGUUGGGGCUAUCGCAUUGUCGGGUUUGGCUGAUGGGUUGGUUCAAGGUGGAUUAAUUGGAUCUGCUGGAGAGUUGCCCGAGAGGUAUAUGCAGGCUAUUGUUGCUGGCACUGCUGGUUCUGGGGUCCUUGUUUCACUUCUGAGGAUCAUAACUAAAGCUGUAUACACGCAAGAUGAACAUGGCCUCAGAAAAAGUGCAAAUCUAUAUUUUGCUGUUGGUAUUGUGGUUAUGGCUGUAUGUGUUGUCUUUUACAACGUGGUGCAUCGCCUUCCAGUUAUCAAGUACUAUACAGAUUUGAAAACUCAGGCUGUGAAUGAGGAAAAGGAGAAAGGAUCUCUAUCAGGGGCGCAGUGGAGAUCAACCUUGUGGGAGAUUGUUAGGAGUGUCAAGUGGUAUGGGAUUGGAAUCGUUCUCAUUUAUAUUGUGACUUUAGCAAUAUUUCCAGGGUAUAUAACAGAGGAUGUGCAUUCCGAGAUUCUCAAGGACUGGUAUUCAGUCCUUCUUAUUACUGGCUACAACGUGUUUGACAUGGUUGGCAAGUCAUUGACUGCUGUCUAUCUCCUUGAGAAUGCAAAGGUUGCCAUUGGUGGCUGUUUUGUGAGAUUGCUCUUUUUUCCUCUCUUCUUAGGUUGCUUGCAUGGUCCUGAAUUCUUCCGCACGGAGAUCCCAGUAACAAUCCUGACUUGUCUUUUGGGUCUUACUAACGGCUAUCUGACCAGUGUACUGAUGAUUUUGGCCCCCAAAGUGGUCCCACUACAGCAUGCGGAGACUGCUGGGAUAGUGAUUGUAUUAUUCCUAGUUCUUGGGCUGGCUGGUGGAUCAAUUGUAGCGUGGUUUUGGGUCAUCUGAUUUCAAGCCAAUUUGUGUGAAAAGGGUAAUCCUUCCAUGAUCCUGGUUAUGGUAGGUCGCGGAAAGGAAGUCUCCAAUUCUGUAAAGCUUUGUAAAGUUAUUGUUAUACAGUAAUGUAUUAACGCAUUUAAUGUUGAAUUAUAAUUGGAAAGGCUCUUUCUUUUUGGAGCCAUUAUCAACCAAGAAAUGGUGCUCUCUCUCUUUUUCACUGUUUUAAGCUUA